AUGUGCAGUGAAACCUGCUUAGAUUUGAAAAUUAAUAUCCAAACGGACUCUCAAUUAGUCGAAAAAACAUCAGUUUUCUGCAACAGGAUCUAUCACCCAAACCCAUCAUCAAACUUGUAUUCAUCCAUUAGAGAUCACAUCUCUAAUGGUGCACCAAAAGAAGCCCUUUUAAUUUACACCCAAAAUCGUCGAAACCCACUUAAUCUACUGAGUGUACUCCCUUUGGUUUUCAAAGCUUGUGCAAUUCUCACCCUGACUAACUACGGAAAGUCGCUGCAUUCCGAAUCAAUCAAAGCUGGACUUUUGUCUGAUGUAGUGUUGGGAACCUCAAUGGUGAGCAUGUAUGCUAAAUGCUGUAACGUGAUCGACGCCCGCAAAGUGUUCGAUGAAAUGCCUGUGAAGAACGUUGUCACAUGGAAUGCCAUGAUAAGUGGAUAUAUGAAGAACAGAGAAACACAACCUGCCUUACAGUUAUUUAACAAGAUGUCUGACAGGACAUCAGUUUCUUGGAUCGAAAUGAUCACAGGGUAUGCAAGAGCAGGGGAUACAAUCAUGGCAAGGUCUUUCUUCGAUCAAGUUCCAUUCCCACUGAAAAAUGUGAUGAUUUGGACUGUUAUGGUUGAUGCGUACGCAAGUAAUGGGGACAUGAAAGCUGCUAAAGAUGUAUUCGAGGCCAUGCCAGAAAGAAACUUCUUCGUUUGGUCAUCAAUGGUUUCAGGGUAUUUCAAGAAAGGUGAUGUGGAAUCCGGGGAGACCAUCUUCAAUCGGAUUCCAUUCCGGAAUCUUGUAAUCUGGAAUUCGUUGAUUUCUGGGUACUCUCAAAACGGUCUUUGUGAGAAAGCUCUAGAAGCAUUUGCCAAAAUGGAAUCCAAUGGGUUUGAACCAGAUGAAGUCUCGUUUGCAAGUGCUUUAUCGGCUUGUGCCCAAUUGGGGUCAUUAAAAACAGGUAAAGAUCUUCACGAUAUGAUUAUUCAAAAAAGAAUCAAAGUUAAUAUCUUUAUUUUGAAUAGUUUAGUCGAUAUGUAUGCAAAAUGUGGUGAUUUGAUGAAUGCAAGAUUAAUAUUUGAAGACAUGAUGGAAUCUGAAAGAAACGAUUCUUGUUGGAACGCGAUGAUUUCGGGGUUUUCAAUCCAUGGUCAUUGUAGAGAAGCCCUUGAGUUUUUUGAUCGAAUGGAGAAAUCUAAAGUGACACCGAAUGAAAUCACUUUUUUAUCGGUUUUAUCGGCUUGUGCACAUGCGGGAUUUGUUGAUGAGGGAUUGGAAAUAUUUGAUAAGAUGGGGAAAUAUGGUUUGGUGGCUAAUGUGAAGCAUUACGGGUGUUUGGUUGACAUUUUGGGCAGGGCGGGCAGGUUGAAAGAUGCGUAUCGGGUGGUGACCGAGAUGCCCGUGAGACCGAAUGAGUCGGUUUUGGGGGCUUUGCUUGGUGCAUGUCGAGUUCACUCGGAUAUGGAAAUGGCAAACCGGGUGAAUGCCGAGUUAACUCAGUGUGGUUAUGUGGUUAUGUCGAAUAUGUAUGCUGCUUCAGAAAAAUGGGAAAAGGCAGAAAGUUUGAGGAAUUUGAUGUUUCGUGAAAGGAUUCAGAAAACAGUCGGGCGUAGUUCAGUUCACUUGAAUGAUUAUGAUGGGAACUGGAAUUAG